AUGGCGCAGAGUUCAAGCUCUUCAACAAUAGAGGUCAAAAACGAAUUUGGUGUUUUGUGUAAAUGUAUGCGGGCAGCUAAGAUUGUGAAAGCUUGGACAAAUGACAAUCCUGGAAGGAGGUUUUAUGCUUGUCCAGGGCGUAAGGUUGGUAAUGGAUAUGAGUCCUGCAACUUUUUUCGUUGGUAUGAUGUCGAGAAGCCUCAAGGGUGGCAACAUUUAGCGUUGCUUGAGGCAAGAGAUGUUAUCCGUGACCUGAAAGACGAAAUUAUGAAGUUUAAGGAAGUGGGAAGAGCACCAAGGCGUGAGUUGAAGGAAACUUGUGAGCAGUGUGAAACGCUCAAGCAAGAGGUGCUGGUUCUUACCGAGAGAAGCACCAUUUACCGCAAUGUCCUGUUGUCUUCAACUUUUGGGUUUGCAGUGGCAUUGGGAGCCAUAUUUGCCAUGUCAAAGAUGUAG